UAGUCCACUCAAAAGAGGAUGUGGAGUCUUGUUUUUCCUCCAGAUUCAAGGGUGCUCAGGAGCCCCGCAGCCCCCGGCCUGUCUCCCACGAAGCGUCUCUGAGAAGGCAGUGGGUUCCUGGGCUUCGUGAGACUCCUCAGGUGGACCCCAGAGCAUGGAACACAUCCACGGCAGCGACGGGAGUUCCAGCAGUAGCCAGCAGAACCCCAAGAGCACAGCCAAAUGGGCGGCCUCUCUGGAGAAUCUGCUUGAAGACCCAGAAGGCGUGAAAAGAUUUAGGGAAUUUUUAAAAAAGGAAUUCAGUGAAGAAAAUGUUUUAUUUUGGCUAGCAUGUGAAGACUUUAAGAAAACACAGGAUAAGAAGCAGAUGCAGGAAAAGGCAAAAGAGAUCUACAUGACCUUCCUGUCCAGCAAGGCCUCAUCCCAAGUCAAUGUCGAGGGGCAGUCCCGGCUCAAUGAGAAGAUACUGGAAGAACCACACCCACUGAUGUUCCAGAAACUCCAGGACCAGAUCUUCAACCUCAUGAAGUAUGACAGCUACAGCCGCUUCUUGAAGUCUGACUUGUUUUUAAAACACAAGCGAACCGAGGAAGAGGAAGAAGAUCCCCCUGAUGCCCAAACUGCAGCUAAAAGGGCUUCGAGAAUUUAUAACACAUGAGCUGCCAAAGAGCUGGCAGGACUGGUGGCUUUCAGAAGCGAAGGAACUCCCUCUCAGGACCGCGCAGGGUUUAUAAUUGCUUUGUUAUCUGUAAGGACUGAAAUGUACAAAACCCUCCUGUGGGAUAUGUGUAUUUUAUUAACUGCUUGACCAUGAGUUUUGCAUGAUGGCUAAUCUUACAUAAAAAAAACAAAUAGCUUUGAAGUUUUAGUUCACACACACACACACACACACACAAGCAGAAGAGUCCUUAAACACUGGAUACUUUGAGCAUUUUGUAACUUGAUUAAACGUCCUCUGAGGCCACCAGGUGAAACUUAGAGCCACCUGUUACCUUUUAAGUCUUUGCCUGGCCUCUGGGGGAGGGGUCAUGCAUGUCCACAGAUUCACUUGGCAAAUGAGCUCGAGAAUGAGUUGAGCUUUUUGGUUAAAUACUUGUCAAGAGUCUGUCAGGCGCCUUUUGGUUAAAUACUUGUCAAGAGUAAGUUCGGGGCUGGGAAAAGAAAAGUCAUCACUGACAGCCUCUAUAGAUUUGGGGAGCUGUGUAUGAGCACCCUCGGAGGGUUAUUUCUUAUGUGUGGGUUUGUCCUGGCUUUGCCUACAGUCCGUGACAUGUCAUGCAACACAGAUAAAUAGUUCAUCUUGACAGAAACAAGAUCUCAACACGGAAGAAAGAUAAAUGCAAAAUUUCUCAGGGUCCCCGCGACAACGC